CCAGAAGAAAAGAAUGAUUGAUGGCAAACAGACUGUAAACACUCAUCAUUUUGGUCCACCAGCUGAUUUAUCAGUUUGGCUGACUGUUCCUCAUGAGCCAGGAAAGGGGAGGAUCGCUCAGGGUUAUUGAUGGUACAGCUGAGGACUGGCAACACUGCUAAAUUGUUACCUGGUUUUGGACAUUAUUUACAUAUGUGAUAAAAAGUCCUGAAACACCUGGGAAUGUGACAAGCAUCCUCCACUUGGCUUUGAAUGACAUAUAAUAUGCUUGGCUUCCACCAAAGUUUCCAAAAUUAAAAACACAGUCAUUGUAACUUAAGCUCUUCUUUGCUUUGGAACACAUUUUGCAGUAACUUUGCCCUCCCCGUGUAUAUUUAUGUAUAAUAAAGACUGCACUUAGUUCCAUUUUGGUAAUUGCUGUCAAGGCACUCAAAAGGAUAUAGAGAUGUAUUUGUCAAGAUUCCUGUCUCUCCAUGCCCUAUGGGUCACUGUGUCUUCGGUAAUGCAACAUUAUCCUUCAGUCUGGGGACAUUAUGAUGUGUGCAAGACACAGAUUUACAUGGAUGAAGACAAGAUUUGGGAUUAUACAGCCUGUCAGCCUGAAGCCAUAGAUAUGAUGAAACAUGUGAAAGUAAACCUGGAUCCACCUAAUAUAACAUGUGGAAAUCCACCAGAGACCUUCUGCGGAAUGGGGAAUCCCUACAUGUGCAAUGAGUGUGAUGCAACCAUUGACGAACUGGCACAUCCGCCCGAACUGAUGUUUGAUGCCGAAGGAAGGCAUCCCUACACCUUUUGGCAGUCUACCACUUGGAAAGGUUACCCAAAGCCUCUCCAAGUGAACCUUACCCUGUAUUGGAACAAAACCAUCGAACUAACGGACAACAUAGUCAUCACCUUUGAAUCCGGCCGCCCAGACCUAAUGAUCCUGGAGAAGUCCCUCGACUAUGGUCGGACGUGGCAGCCAUACCAGUAUUAUGCUACAGACUGUCUAAAUGCUUUUAACAUGGAACCAAAAACAGUGAGGGAUUUAUCUCAACAGACAGUCCUAGAAAUCAUUUGCACAGAAGAAUACUCUAUGGGGUACAUGGCAAACAGUAAAAUCCUCCACUUUGAGAUUAAGGAUAGAUUUGCAUUUUUUGCUGGGCCUCGGCUUCAUAAUAUGGCUUCUCUCUAUGGGCAGCUCGAUACAACCAAGAACCUAAGAGAUUUCUUUACUGUCACAGACUUGAGGAUAAGACUGCUCAGGCCAGCAACUGGGGAAUUAUAUGUGGAUCCACAGCACUUGACACGCUACUUUUAUGCAAUCUCUGACAUAAAAGUAGUUGGAAGGUGCAAGUGUAAUCUUCAUGCCACUGGCUGCAGAGUUGAAAACAAAAAAUUAUUAUGUGAGUGUGAGCACAAUACAACAGGCCCAGAUUGUGGGAAAUGUAAGAAGAAUUAUCAGGGACGACCUUGGAGUCCAGGCUCCUAUCUCCCCAUUCCUAAGGGCACCGCAAAUAUCUGUAUGCCCAGUAUUUCCAGCAUUGGUACUCCUCCAAAGUAUGAUAAGAUAUGGCCGAAUAUAUCUUCCCUUGGGGUUUCUAACCCAAAUCAAGUUAUUCCAAAUUUAGCCGUGCUUGCUGUUUUUUCACUCCAAGUUGCAAUCCCCAAAGGAGACUGUGAAUGCUUCGGCCACUCCAACCGGUGCAGUUACAUCGAUCUGCUCAGUACAUUCAUUUGUGUGAGCUGUAAACACAACACUAGAGGGUACCACUGUCAGUUGUGCAGGCUGGGCUACUACAGAAAUGCUUCUGCAAAGCUGGACGAUGAAAAUGUAUGCAUAGAAUGUAAUUGUAACCGUUUGGGCUCAGUCCAUGAUCGCUGUAAUGAAAAAGGAAUUUGUGAGUGUAAGCAGGGAACAACAGGGCCUAAGUGUGAUAAGUGUCUGCGGGGAUAUAACUGGCACAACCAGGGUUGUCAAUCAAACGUAUGUGAUAAUGAACUUCAGAUUUGCCAGAAUGGAGGGACAUGCCACAACAAUAUACGCUGCCAGUGCCCGGAAGGCUAUACUGGUGUACUGUGUGAGAAGCGGAGUUGUGAUGUGGAUCCGGAUGGCUGCAGCGAAAGCUCGGGGAAAGGGGCAAUAUCAAUACCAAGCCUGCUACUUCUACUGCCACCGAUUGCUCCAUUAGGAUUAAGUGGGCUUUUUAUAUUUUAAGCUACACAGCUUGGGAGGCAUCAGCUUCAGACUGCUCUAAGAGGAAGGCGUCCAGAAAAGAGAGAAAAAGAACCAGAUGCAAAUAAGUAUUUUAAAAAUAAGGGGGGAAAUUAUUCAAUUGUCACACAUAUAUAGACUAAAGAAAAGGCCAGACUGAACUAAGCCAUAUGUAUACAUUGUGGACAACCCAAUCAACCAGGACUGUUACUUCUUGGCUCAAGCUUAAGUGAGGCAGCUGCCAGUACUGUUACUACUAUUAAACACAACGACAGCUGCAGACAUUUACACAGGUUCAAAAAGGCUUGGGUAGCUGCCCCCAGAUGGGAAUCCAAGACAGAAACGUCGAAAAACUCGCUCCUUCAAACUGGUGCGCAACCGUACCUCUUCCCAGUGUGUGGACCAACCAAAUAGAGGCAUUCUUUGCUGUCAGUGCAUUGUGGGUAUAAGGAAAUCUGUUUCAAAGCUGCCAUAUUGGCCUGCUUCAGCCCCUUAAUCCCCUUUUCCAACUGUGCUUUAGUGAACGUUGCUCUGUAACCUUUGUUGGUUGAAAGAUCUCUUUGUCUGAUGUUAGUAAUGCACAUGUGUACCAGCCCCAACUCAAUAAAUCUCAAGCUGGUCAUAUCCUUGUAUAUCUUAGAAGCACUGUGCCCUGUCAACGCAGUGCUCACCUAUUGUACAAGAGUGGCAGUAGGACAAAAAGAAAGUGUAUUUAUCCUUUUGUAAUCAAAUGAAGUUAUUUUUCUCGACUAAUGUAAGGCGUAGAUUUUUUGUAUUAUUGCCAAUUUGUGUUAACAAUUGAGUAAUGUACUUUAAUCCUAAUCAGACUGGGGGGGAGAGAUGAUUUUUAGUUCAUCCUCUUUUUUUUCCUUUUUCUAUUCAUUUAAUUGUGCAGAGAUUUCUCUGUAUGGGCAACGUGCUGGCAUCAAAGAAUAUCAGUUUACAUAUUAUAGCAAGUGUAAUAAGAUACCACCAAAGGACAUUCUAAAUGUUUUCUUGUUGCUUUAACACUGGAAGAUUUAAGAGAAUAAAAAU